GAUUCUUUGUCAGCCAGCACCUCCAAGCAUGUGGAGAUGCCACCCAUCCCUCAGAGCUGUGACCCCACCUCUCCAGGAAAGUGUCCCAUCUGCUCCCUUCCCAAAAACCCCAAGGCUGGGAUGCCUUUCUCUCAUCCAGCUUGGCCGGAGCAGCACCGGGCUCAGCACAUGGGCAGCUGUCAGUGUGGUGGGAAACCCAAUCCUUCCUGGGGCCGGAGCAGAGGGAUAACACCAGGCUGAGAUCAUGGCCUGGAAUACCCAGAGGGAGGGUCACCACAGCCACCCCUCCCACCACCGCUGGGCUUCCCACGGACAACACAACCCCCAAUCCCAGCAGGAAUGCUGCUCUUGAACCCCCAGCUACUGUCACCACUGCACAGGGACACACAUGGCCACAACCCUGCAGGGCACUGCACGCACCACACAGCACCGGAUCCAAGGUGGAAAAGGCAAAGCCAUGGAUGGAGCCAGCAUCCAGGCAGACCCCAGUGCCAACAAAGGAUAGGGAUAGGCUGGGAUAGGCAGGGAGUCCCGGGGGAAAGGCUCCUGAGCCGGCCAUGCUGCAGGUGGCAGGUUUGCAGGUCUCACUCCUCCUUCCAACACUCCCCGCUGUGAAAAAGCCUCUGGAAUGUGAGCCCAGAAAGCAAACACACUCCUGGCCACAGCAGGGGCCGCUGGCUGAUAACUGCGGGCCCUUUGUGUCCUUUUUGGGAUGGGCACCACUCCAGCCGCGCCUGGAGCACCUUGGCAAAGGUGGCAGCAGUGGUGGCACGCUGGGCACACCCAGGAGAGCUGCCCGCCCCUCACCCGUGUGCUGGGAAGGAGCCGUUCCACAGGCGCUGCUGGAAGCGGCCUCAAAUCACUGCCCUGAUAAUGGAAAAAAAUCAGUGUUUGGGAAAGAGGGCGGGAACCAGUGGGGACUUUCCGGGGGAAGCGGAGUUGUGCUUUCGUGUUCAAGUGAGUCACCACGCUGAGAGGAGUGGAACAAGCAACACAUGGUGUGACUUUUGGGGCUGUCCUGUGCAGGGCAAGGAGCUGAACUCGAUGAUCCUUGUGGGUCUUUCCAACCCAGGAUAUUCCAUAAUUCCGUGACUCAGAGGACAGGAUGCUCCAGUAUCAUGGCACCCCAGAGCAGAGCAAAGCUCCCAGUCCUUUUCCAGAUACUUGUGGUCAGUGACUGCUCUCUGUGUCACUGCAUCCCUCCCAUGUCCUGUGGGGUGUCCCAGUGCCAAACCUGGGGCUGGCAAACCGCAGCUGUCCCUGCUGGAGCUGGAGAUAGUGGAUACAGCUUCCCAAGAUCUGCAACAUCCCGAGGCACUUCUGUGCCUCAGUUUCCUAUCCCUGCACUGGGGGCUCCUCCCUUCCUUCCUUCUUGGCCAGGAGAUCGCUGGGAGCCAAGGGUGGAGUACAACAAAAAUAGAGCUUUAUUUUGGGACAAGUGCAAUUGGAGCUGGGUCCUUCGGCCCCGGCGUGGAGAUACAAGUGUGGCAACGGCCACCACAGACCCCGGCAGCGGUGCCAGGCACACACACCGGGUUGUCCUUUGCCAUGGUGAGCAUGUGCUGUGUCACAGCCCAGCACUGUCCCGUGUCACAGCCCACCACUGUCCUGGAGAGAUGGCAGCUGGUCCAGGCCGCUCCCAUGCCCUCGGCUGGGCUCUCACCAUCUCUGCCACGGAUGCCAGUCUGCAGCGAGCUGGGAGGGGCGGGGACAGCUGUGGGGGCUGAGGGGCGUGGUGGGGACAAAUACAACAUCGGCAGCACCACCGCCAGCCCCGUGGGAUUGUCACGACACGGUGGGGAUGGGGACAGGAGAGGGGACACACCCGCCCUGUCCUGGGCAGUCGGUUCGACCACGAGAACCGAGUGUACACAGAGAGCCAGGGGCCACUCCAGCCAGCAGAGCUCAGUAGUGACACACACACAGACAGACAUACAGACACACACACACACAUACUGUCUUCCCAGGUGGGACAGCAGCUGGAUGCACAGAGCUGUGUAUCCAGAGCUGUGUCCAGAGCCACGUCCCCGGGCGUGCCCAGCCCGUGUGUGCACCAUGCAGAGCCAGUGCACAGCGGUACCUGCCAGCAGCACACACCUGCACACACACACUCAUGGAGCUGUGCACGCCCAGCCUGCACACGCCAGCACACGUGUGCCACACAGACACUGCACACACCUGUGUACAGCCUGUGGCAACGCACACGUGCCCACAAGCACGAGAUCUGCUCGCACACAGAGCCUGUGCACACCCACACCUGCACCCAGAGCUGUGCACACCAGUGUGUGCAGUGUCAUACACAUCAACACACGCAUGUCCCAGACAGGGCCAUGCUCACACCUGCAGAGCCUGUGCACACUCACAAGCACAGAGCUGUGCAUAGAUCCACUCACAUCCAAGUGUGCAAUUCCACACACAUGCACACAGCAGUGCACACAUCACGUGUGCACGUCAGCACGUCCGUGUGCACAGUGCUGUGCACACCAGCACACCUGGACACUGUGCAAAGCAGGACGUGUACACUCACUUCUGGGCACACCAGAAAACACACGUGCACACAACCAUGCACACUAUCACACGUGUGCACCUCAGCAGCUGUGUGUGCACACAGAGCCAUGCACAGUGGCACACAUGUGCACAGUCACACACCCUGGCACACACAUGCACAGAGGAGUCACACGCACUGGCACACAGGUGCAGUCACACACACUGACACAUGUGUGCACAGAGGAGUCACACACACUGGCACACAGCUGCACAGAGGAGUCACACACACUGAUACACGUGUGCAGAGUGACACACACUGGCACAUGUGCACAGAGGAGUCACACACACUGGCACACGUGUGCACAGAGUCACACACACUGGCACACAGGUGCAGUCACACACACUGACACACGUGUGCACAGAGGAGUCACACACACUGGCACACAGCUGCACAGUCACACACACUGGCACACGUGUGCACAGUAA